CAGCAGGACCCUGCAGCAAACAUGGCCACUGAGAAAAGACUGUCUGCGAGGCGUAAGCAUACUCUGAAGAGCUGUAUGCUGGUGGUGGCCAAUACUUUGUUGGAUGCUGAGGCCGGAGUGAAGACUGGUGAGAGGGAGAAGUUCCUGGCAGACAAAUGUCCCCCUGUGGAUAUUCCAUACUCCAAGGACGAGCUUCUGGAACUUUGCGAGAAAUUUCAUGAGCAGAUUGACAUCAGCGAGGAAGAGAGAUACUCAAUAGAGUUCAAGCUCAACAUGGUGCUCAAUGAGGUCAGAGAUCUCAAUAUCAAGAUUGUGGAUCUGAGAGGAAAGUUCAAGAGACCACGGCUGAAGAAAGUGCGUAUGUCUGCUGACGCCAUGCUAAAAGCUCUGCUGGGCUCCAAGCACACAGUCAACAUGGAUCUGAGGGCCAACCUGAAGCAGGUCAAGAAGGAGGUGAAAGAGGAGGACAAGCAGCUGCGCGAUGUGGGAGACUGGCGUAAGAACAUCGAAGACAAGUCUGAUAGGAAGAAGAUGUUUGAUAGUUAA